ACAAAGAUAGAAUAACGCAAUAGCGCUGAUAGCGUGCUCCCCGAACGCAGCCCUAGUUUGAUGAUUUGUCGGUGUGUACACACACUGUAAUAGCAGAUAUGGAAGCAUUGUACCACCAAACGAAUAAAUUAGUACAGGAGACUCAACACCUUUUCUCGCAGCUGGAGAAAAAGUCCAACGCGGAUGUGCAGGAUGUGAGAGAGGCAAUAGAAAGUAAAAUCAACCUUAUCAACAGUAAUUGCGAGCGGCUCGAUGUGCUAUGCCUCAAAGGUCCUGUGUCGCAGAGACAAAACGCCCGGAUGAGAGUGGAUCAACUGAAAUAUGACAGUCGUCAUCUAACCGCUGCCUUGAAUUCGUGGUACAAUCGUAUGAUAAGACAGCAAAGAGAAGAGGCAGAGAGAGAAGCCUUGUUAUCCAGGAAGUUUACCACCAACGACCAUGUGGAUAUUAUGAUCGAUCACACUGUGCAACACAAUAAUAGUUUACACAAUGCUGUUCAUGGUGUAGACGAUUUGUUGAGUCAGGGGAGCAGUGUGUUGGACAAUUUAAAAUCUCAGAGAUUAACGUUGAAAGGAGCACACAAACGUUUAAUAGACAUUGGUAAUACGUUAGGUCUUUCUAACACCACCAUGAGACUAAUAGAGCGACGAGCUAGACAAGAUGGAUUUAUCUUGGUUGGUGGCAUGACUUUCACAUGUAUAGUCAUUAUUUUAGUAGUGGUUUAUCUUACUUAGAAAUAUAUAUUUGACAGAUAUUAUUUGUUAUAUUUUAUAAUUUGAUAUUUAUUGUUAAACAAAUAAUGGUAGGACUUUAGUUGACAGAUCGACACUUCAAAUUGUGAUAAGAAAAGUGCUUAUAUUUGAUAUGGUUUUGUGGGAAAGAUUUCUAGAUUUGAGAAAGCAAGUGUUGCUUGGAACAAUACAUACAUAUGUAAAUACAUGGACAUUGUAUAUAUAUAAUAGAUAUAAACACUUAUAAAAUGA